AAUUUUUAAUCUCGGCUCUGUAAAAUCCGUCUCACAUUAAUGAACAUUUAAAAUACUUUUUUUUUCCAUUGCAAACAUAACUGUUUUAAAAACAGUCUUUUCACUUUUUUGCAUGUUAUUCUCUAUGUCCAGAAUAUUGCACUGUUAAAGGAAUCGCAUUAAAUCAACUAUUAAUAUAACACCGUUGUGUAGACUAUAUUAUGCAAAUAUUGGUCACGCGACUAGGACUUGUGUGUGUCGUACCAAAAACGACUUCGUGUGUUUUGCUCACGUGAAACAGGCUUUAAAAUGUUUUGCUUGAGGAAAACUGGGGAUUUUAAUAAAGGCAUCCAUGACGUGUGUUAAAUAUAUCAUGUGUUUGGAUGUGGCUUGAAGUUAAAGAAUUGUAAGAGAUAGUAAAGUGCGAGUAGAAACAGAAAAGUCGGUAGAAUGGCAAUUAUAACGAAAAUGGGAGAGGUUUAGCGUACCGGAAGUUGAUUGUAAUGCUUCAUGGAACUGUGGGUCUUAAUAAUAUGUAUUUCCAAUUUGGUUUCUGAAUUUAUUUAUUAAAGUAGCCUAUACAUUUUUUCAAGACUGCUGACUGAGACGGCAUUGUCAUGUGCAACCAGUUACUUUUCUCAACGCUGGUCAGGAUGGACUAAUCACAGUCGUUUGUGAUGGCUAGAUACAGAUUUGUUUAAAUAAUUUCAAAAGGAAUAUCUGUGGUGGCUUUUCACUUGUAUCUCAAGUACAAAUUCUGGCAAUUAACAGAUUUUAACAAUUAUACUUUGUAGUGUACAAAUCUGCAGGAAGGCAUUUGAAAUUAUCUCAAUGGAGAACCGUGCGCCCUCUGGAGGACAAACACUGUUGUGUCAUAUGAUACAGUUCGAGUUAUGAUAGGACAGGUGGUUCUGAUGACUUUCACACAUUUGUUUGCAGAGUCAUUCCUCUUUCAAAUCUUUUAAGGCACUUACAGGCCUGCCUGGUGUUCUUGUGAUGGAGAGCCAGAAACAGAUGGUGGAGAGGCUGCGGGGUGUGUUCCGCUCAGGUGUGACCAUUCCAGUCCACUUCCGUUUGACUCAGCUGGAGGCCAUGCUCGCUCUGCUUGAAGACAAUGAAGCACAGAUUUUAGAGGCACUGCAUGAAGACCUUGCUAAGCCCAAGUUUGAAUCAGUGCUGUCAGAGAUUGAUAUGGUGGUAAAUGACCUUUGCUACACCAUCAGUAACCUGCACACUUGGAUGCAGCCCAGUUAUGUGGGCACAAACUUGGCAACAAAGCUGGAUGACUGUUUUGUUCGAAGAGAGCCGUUAGGUGUUGUUUUAAUUAUCGGAGCAUGGAACUAUCCUCUCCAGCUAAUUUUGUUACCUUUGAUUGGUGCCAUUGCUGCAGGUAACUGUGCCAUUCUGAAACCAUCAGAAAUAAGUCAAGCAACUGAAAAACUUCUUGCUGAGCUUAUUCCUAAGUAUCUGUCUAAGGAGUGUUAUGCAGUCUUUUGUGGUGGACCAGAAGAGACCAAGGCAUUGCUAGAGAAUAGAUUUGAUCAUAUCUUCUAUACAGGCUCUCAAUCAGUGGCUCGUUGCAUCCUCCAGGCAGCAGCAGUGCACCUCACUCCAGUAACUCUGGAGCUGGGAGGAAAGUGCCCCUGUUUAUUAUAUGGCCGGCUAGACAUGAAAGCUGCUGCUAAGAGGCUGGUGUGGGCCAAGUUUUUCAACAUAGGUCAGAGUUGUGUGGCUCCAGACUAUGUUUUAUGCACUGCUGAGACAAGAGAUAAAUUGCUGCCUUUAAUCAAAGAGGCUCUUGAGACCUUCUAUGGACCUGAGGCUCAGCAAAGUCCAGAUAUGGGUCGUAUUGUGACAGACAGACAUUGGGACCGACUGGUUGAGCUGCUAAAGAAGACUGAGGGAAAGGUAGUGAUAGGAGGAGAAAGUGUCAAAGAAGAGAAGUACAUCGCCCCAACUGUGGUUGUGGAUGUAAAGGAGUCAGAUCCUUUAAUGCAGGAUGAGAUCUUUGGCCCCAUCCUUCCCAUUCUGACCAUCAAGUCUCUUGAUGAGGGAAUCAACUUCAUCAAUGAGAGAGAAAAGCCCCUGGCACUCUACACCUUCUCUGAUGAGUCUCAGGUUGUGACUACAGUUCUUGAGAGGACCAGUAGCGGAGGCUUCUGUUCAAAUGAUGGAAUAGUUCACAUGACCCUUCCUGGUUUACCCUUUGGGGGAGUGGGUGCCAGUGGAAUGGGUAGCUACCAUGGUCAGUGGGGUUUUGAGACGUUCAGUCACAAGCGUGGCUGCAUGCUGAGGGGUUGGGGGCUGGAGCGCAUCAAUGUUCUGCGCUACCCCCCCUACAAAGAAAGCAAUCUUGGCUGGCUGCGUUGGGCCACCACUGCCAAGAAGAAGGGGUGGGCAGGAUGCUCCAUUAUGUGAGGGCUGUGUAUGAUGACUGAUGCUGAGACUUGAGCUGGCUAUUCCCUAAUGAUUUGACUAAUGAAGCAGACUGUAACCAGCAUACAAAAAAAAACAAGCCAUGGAUCGGAGUUUGGUCAGCCACACAGACCUUUUCUUUGGAUUUCCAAUAGUGUCAGAUUGAGAUUGAAACUGUGUGUAAUUCAAAACUCCACCUUCUUACACUUCCUUUUUUAAAUGUUUACCCACAUCUGUUGAUUGAGAAAAGCCUAUCCAGUUUAGAGAAACGUACAGAAUGAUACAGGGUCAGAAAAUGUAUCAUCCAUGUUUGAUAUCAAACACUACAGUAAAAAGUGAGCAUUUAUAGAUUAUAGAUUUAUAGUUACGUUUGGAUACAAAAUAAGGUUUUGUAGUAUUUUAUAUUGUCAUUUAUUUUGCAAUACAGC